AUGGACAAGGAAUGGAUAUUUUUAGAUAAGCACACUGAUGAAUAUAAUGCUGGAUUGGAUGCAUUCCUCAAUUAUGCCUUAGAGCAUGCUUCUUUUGAAGGUACAAUCAAGUGUCCGUGUAAAAGGUGUCAUAAUGGCUACAAUAGACUGCCUGCUGUUGUUGAGCAGCAUCUUAGGGUGGAUGGCAUGGAUCCUAAAUAUGUUAACAUCCCCUGGACCGAGCAUGGUGAGCAUUUACCAGCUGCAGUUGAUCAUAAUAUGGCAGGGCCUUCAUCAUAUCAACCAGAUUUUAAUUUGUCGGGACCGUCGUCACAUCAACCAGAUUCUGAUGUGCAAGAUAUGUUGCACGAUGCAUUUGGCAUGUAUGAAGGUGAAGAUGAUUUACAAGAACCAUCAGAGCCUACUGAAGGUCCAUCCUUGCCUAACGGCCCUACCCCUGAUGCACAAAGAUUUUACCAGCUUUUAGAAAAAGCUGACACUGAAUUAUACCCUGGUGCAGGAAAAAAGAUGUUCGAUUUUUUGAUAAAGCUAUAUCAAAUAAAAGCAUUGAACAGUUGGAGUGAUGUAUCGUUCACACAGUUGCUUGAAUUGUUAAAGGCUUAUUUGCCCCCAGGGGAAACUCUUCCUGCUUCCUUCUAUUUAACAAAAAAGUUCAUCAAAAGUCUUGGGUUGACAUACCAGAAAAUCGAUGCGUGUCCUAAUGAUUGCAAGUUAUAUUGGAAGGAUUAUGCUUCAAACACAGUUUGUCAUGUAUGUGGUACUAGUCGGUACAAAGAGAACACCUCCCCCAUGAAGAAGGUACCAGCCAAAGUUUUGCGUUACUUUCCAUUAGGGCCAAGACUUCAAAGGUUGUACAUGUCUCGCCACACCUCUGAAUUUAUGGUUUGGCAUUCUGAAAAGAGACCACGAGAUGGGGUUCUACAUCAUCCAGCCGAUUCUCUUGCUUGGAAAGAAUUAGACAAAAUUGACAAUAAUUUUGGCUCUGAUGGUCGAAAUGUUCGUUUGGGUCUAGCCAGUGACGGAUUCAACCCUUUCGGCCCUAAAAGUCCCGGAAAUGACAUAGAUGUGUAUCUACAGCCUUUGAUAGAUGAAUUGAAAAUGCUAUGGGCAGAAGGGGUUCCUACAUAUGACGCGUUUAAAAAAGAGGUUUUUCAGAUGAGAGCUGCAUUAUUGUGGACUAUAAAUGACUUCCCUGCAUAUGCCAUGUUGUCUGGGUAUAGCACAAAGGGAUCUAAGGCUUGCCCAACUUGUGGUGAAGAGACUGAUUCUUUUAGGUUGCAUCAUGGUAAGAAAGAAAUCUACAUGGGACAUCGAAAGUGGCUGCCAGAUAACCAUAUUUUUCGCACAUGGUAUAAUAACUUCAAUGGAUCAACUGAGCAUCGUAAACCGCCUAAACCAAUGACAGGUUUAGAUUGUUUGAGAGCGUUAAGUACAUUGAGCUUUCAAUUCGGAAAGGGAAAGGAAACAAGUUCUGGUCGUAAAAGGAAACGAGUUCAGAAUAAUGAUAGCACAAAAUACACAGGACCGUGGAGGAAGCAGAGUAUUUUUUUUCAACUACCUUAUUGGAAGGACUUAUUAUUGCGUCAUAAUAUAGAUGUCAUGCAUGUUGAGAAGAAUGUUACAGAGAGUGUCAUUGGGACUUUGCUAGGAAUUGAUGGAAAAAAUAAAGAUAGCUUAAAGGCACGCCUUGACAUGGUCUUAAUGGGUGUUAAGCGUUCGCUCCAUCCUGAGGCACGCGGUAACCGAACAUGGCUGCCCCCAGCAAAAUACACUUUAUCCAAUGAUGAGAAGACACUAAUGUGCAAAGUACUUGAUUCGGUUCGGGUGUCUGAUGGAUUUUCAUCGAACAUUCGUAGAUGUGUAAGAGUUGAUGAAAGAAAAUUGAUUGGUCUUAAAAGUCAUGAUUGUCACAUAAUCAUGCAGUAUCUACUUCCAGUGGCCAUCCGUCGUUCACUAAAACCAGACAUAACCAAGGUGCUAUUGGAACUCAGCGCAUUUUUCAGACAAUUAUGUACCAAAGUUGGUACUGUGGACCAUUUUCGUGAUCUGUCAAAUCGGAUUGCUGAAACACUUUGCAAAUUAGAGAUGAUAAUGCCACCAUCUUUUUUUGACGUCAUGGUACACCUUCUAAUACACUUGGCAGACGAGGCAGCAAUUGCUGGACCUGUGCAAUUUCGAUGGAUGUACCCAAUCGAAAGGAGUAGGCCUGAGACAAGCAUUGCAGAGGGUUAUAUAAUUGAAGAAUGUCUAUCAUUUUGCACAAUGUAUUUGUCAGAUGGAGUUGAGUCAAAAAGAACAAGAAUUGGUCGUAAUGCUGAUGACCCUGGGAUUGUUCCUCGUGAAGGAUUACCAUUAUUUGUCGGGAUGGGACGGUCUAUAGAACCAGGACACGAGUUUACACUAACUGACCUUGAAUGGGAACGCGCACAUACACAUGUGUUGAUAAAUUGCCCUCAGAUUCAGCAACAUCUAGAUGUGUUUGUUAAAGCUGGGGUGAGUAGCUAUGCUACUGCGGGAGAUCGUAGACCAAGGGAUGGUGUAAAAGACUACUGUGGUGUACUAACAGACAUCAUUGAGCUAGAUUAUCACCAUGGUCGGAAAGUCUUAUUAUUCGAUUGUGAUUGGGCAGAUAAUAGAGUUCGCAAUAGAGCCGUCAAAAUGGAUGAGUAUGGCUUCAUUUUGGUAAAUUUUGAUCAUCUACUUCCUAAACCAGACAAUCUCAUUCUUGCAUCACAAUCAGUGCAAUUUUUCUAUGUUCAAGACCCAACUGAACCGAAUUGGCACACAGUGAUCCGAACCCGACCCAGAGAUUUAUUUGAUAUGGGCACAGACAUAGAACCAGAGCCCUAUGAUGCCCAAAAUUUGAUUGUAGGGAUUAACGAUGACGGAAUAGCAAGAACAGACAUGGACGGUGUUCUAGUGAAUGAUGUCAUAGAAUGA